AGCGCGAGUCCGUGAGCCCCCGAGCCCGUGAGCCCGAGUGAGUAACUGGGAGUCGCAACCGAGGACCCACUCAGUCACCACGAGAUCGGCAAGCCGAAUGGUCAACCGCGCCGGUUCUCCCGCUCGGAACUCUGCGCACGGCAAAAGGGAUCGGGACAAGGGCACGUUGUACCUUCGGAUGUCAACCAGCGUGCUGCCCCUUCGUGGACGAAUCGUUGGAAUCGCGUCGCUGCCGGUGGAGCACGCGGCCCUCCAUUUUCCGCAACGAUCGCUCGAGCAACGACGAGUCGAAAAUACGUUCGCACGAUGUGGAGAUUUCUGGUGCGCUGUUAUGUCACGCUGACAUCCAUCUGACGCGAUCGGUUCUUUUCUCUCUCUUUUCUCUUUUUCUCUUUUCUCCUUUUUUUUCUUUUCUCUUUUUUUUUCUCUUUCUCUUCCUUUUCCUUUCUUUGACGUUGCGUUGUCGCAUCUCGCGUCACGCGUUUCGCGCAAAUACGCGACGCGCUCGGGGGGAGGGGGCCUGCUCUCUUUGAUAUCGGGCAUCGCGUCUCGCUUCUCGAUCCAUCUCGGUUUCGAGGGACACUGACUUUCUCGGAGAGGGGGGAGAGGAAAAAGAGGAAGUUGCGGUGGCACCGGAAGUGCGUGAGUGGAUGCGAGCAAGAGCCAUCGACGGGAGAAGCCCAAGACUCUCCUGCAGAAGGACGAGGAAGAGAUGAUCUACGAGCUGCUGGUGGCCGGAGCGUUCGCCCUCGCCACACUAAGGCGGUAUUCGGUGGCACAGACGAUUACCUUGACGAUCCUCGCGUUCUUCCUGAGUUCCGGUCUGAAUACGGUUUCAGGUGCACCUAGUUACGGCCUCCGCACCGCCGUAUCUACCGCGAAUAACAUGGACCGGUGGCUACAACCUUGCGGUAAUCCGGUGGCCAUGCAGUUCAAGAGGAUGCCGCAGAGGCACAGCGUUCACAGAACGUUGAAGAGGGUACGGACGCAACUCCGAGUCGCCCAGAAUCACUUCAGAAUGCACCUGAAGGAUGUACAGGAGAUAUACUCGAAGGUGUACAAAGUGCUGAAGGGGCAGUACAGAAUGCCGUGGCUCCCAGAGAAGGAGUUCGAGUGGUAUUCGAGGGAGGUUUGGUGCCUGGAAAAGGGGAAGAAAGCUGACCGUGCGCUUCCACAUCUUCACGAUUCGCUGCAGAGGUUCGCCAUCACGUUCCAUCAUUUGCGAGCUUUCCACCUCAAGUCAAACAUUAACGUUGAUCGCACGAUGAACAGGAGGAACGAGAUCAUCAAUCAGAUGCACAACGAGAUCCUCAAGGUGCUGUGCGAAGUGGAAACGGCGAUCUUAAACUUGGGGUUGCAAGUGCCCACAGCGCACACGGCGAAAAUUGUGACGGAAAGUUCGAAUUGGGCGAAGGAAGGCGACUUGACGUUGAUGUUGAUACAAGAUUGGGGCGUGAUCCGAUUGUAUCAGAAGUUUUUGAACGCCUGGACGAAAGCGUUCCGUGACGCGACCGCACCUGGUCCGGGGACUUGCGAUCCUAACAGGCCGAAUCCAGGAGCUAAGAACAUUAACAAAGGCUCUGGGCCAAAUGGUAAAAGGAUAUCGAAGAUUAAGAAGCAAAAAAGGCCAGUUAGGAAGCACUUGCAGGGCACUGGCCAGAAUAGUUCCUUGCCUCAGGGGUCGAAAAAGGUUAUUCCGAGGAACAGACUGCUGAGAAACAAACAAAAGAAGCUCGCGAGAAUGUGAUGAAAUUCAUCUCACAAGGUUUCUCUUCGUUUUUAUCAGAUCUAUCUCUAUCGAUUAUUUUAAACGGACGGUUAACAGGCAAUCUCUUUCACCUUGUGAAUUCUCUCUCUCUCUCUCUCUCUCUCUUUCUCUCUCUUUUUAUUAUUCUGACUGGAACAUCUUCAUCGCGGUACGCUCUCGCACAAGUAUUAAUUUCAAUGGCAUUUAAGAUCAUUGUGUACGGAAAACGCGUAAAUGUUCUUUAGUUCCUUUAGACACUUUGACAUGUAUUCUUUCCAAUGUAGUAUUAUUAUUAUUAUUAGUUCUUUUUUUUACAAUUUCUUUAUUCAAGCACUUAGUAUUCGUGGUCGCGUAAAAAUUGUUUGCCUGUCAAUCUUCCAUGAAGAUGUAUAGGGUGUAUCUUAAUUGGUAGUACUACUGGCAAAAAGAUAAUUCCACGUGAAAAAAUAAGCAAACCACAUACAUACUUGGUAACAUGCGUGAUAUUGGUCUGAAAUAUUUGCCUGGUGAUUGUUCAUAGAGAUGUAUGCUUUUUCAGUUUGUGCAGUAUACAUCAUUUCCAACAUUAUUAAAUCUCUACCGAGUAAAAUUUCAAAUAAACGAUAUUAGUCUGUAGGAGAUAUUUGAAACCAAUUUCGUACGAAAGAAAUCGUAUUCUACGUUGUUCGCUUAUACUUUCUUGUAAAAUUAAGUACUUGCAAAUGUACCCUUCGGUGCGAUUCACCCUGUAUUUUUACGCUCUUCGAGUUAUCAUUCACGAAUUAGAUUAUAUUUCUUAUUUAUUUUAUCGUUACGAUCAUUCAUAGAUGCUUAGUAUUUCGAAAUCUUGCCAGUUUGUUCCGAUGAUGUAGUUGAGGGUUUCGCGAUAGAAUUAGACGAGAGUAAUAAUCGUAUUAAAGAAUUAAUCGUCGACUUUGUUUUCGAUAACUGGUGCAUUUGAUGGUUGUAUGAAAUUGUUAUCGAGUAUCCAGCUGUAUACUAGAAACCAGUAUUACGAAGUGUACUUCACAACAGUAUUACGUUAAAUAACAUACUUAAAUAACUAGAAUAGCGAAUAAUAUCGAUAACAAGUUCGAUUUUUAUGGCGCACUUUGAUCGAUUUCUUUUACGAGAUAAUUCAAUUUGGAGAAUCAUCGUGGAAAAUGCAACGGCAGUUGAUAAAUCAGUAAUUUCGAUGCCAGAGCCGCUUCUACAAAUACUUAUACAACUCGUUAUAACGUUGGAAUACUUGGUAUUCGGCGUAAUGAGCGUUGGCAUUCCAACGUGACAAUUCCAUAUUUAAUCCAUUACAGAUACAUAGACUCAAUGGAAUUGCAUUUAUUUGAACUUUACUAUUUUUUCUAAAAUUAUUUAUUGAAAUUAUGAAUUGAAAUUUUCAAACAACAAUGUCGUAGUAUAUUAACGAGUAAUUUUCGUACGAUAUCUGUAUUAUAAAACUUGAAAUCGGUAACAAGUCAAAACGUUCUUCAUAUUUUACAGAUGAAAAAUUCUCAAUAAAUUUCAAUGUCUUGUCGAUCGAUUUCCUCUCUUUUUUCA